AUGGCGAGCGGUCCGCUGGUCUUCAUCCAUCCAGCAAUUGAGGAGGGUUCUGCCAACUCCCCCUCUGGUCAUACCAAAUCGGAGGGUGUGGUGCUGCGACGCAUGGGAGAUGACUACUUCUAUUGGAAUACCCCCACGGCUUCCAACCAGUCAAAACAGCAAGCCACUGCCUCCUCCACGUGGGAUCUCUCCGCCGAUCACCUCCUCUCCGCAGAUUGGUUCAACUCGCCUCGAGGUCACUCUGAUCCUAACCUUCAGUACGUCUCAAGUGUCAUGCAUUCCGAUGCAUCCACAGUCCUUUUAAGUCCAAAUUUAAACAUCUCCAUCUGGGUUGUGUUGGGAACUCAAAUGAAAUGCAAAUUUUUUAUCCAUUUGGACAGAACUGGAUUCCUGCUGGCCACCCUCCUGAGGACGUGA